AUGGGAGAGCGAUGGAUGGCAUACAGCGUCCACAGGAAGAUCCUGGACGAAGGGGCUGUGGAUGAUAUGGCAGGAAAGUCAGAGUCUAAAACACAGACUCUGUCGGAGAAAGUCAAAAAGUCAAUGAGGUGCUCCGCUCCCCGGCUGAAGAGCUUCCUGCUGCGUAGCAUUCCUCUCUUAUCGUGGCUGCCCCGUUACUCCAUCAGGGAAUACGCCAUUGGUGACCUGAUCGCCGGGAUCAGUGUGGGGAUCCUGCAUCUACCUUUUGGUAUGAGUACUGCCUUGGUGACAUCUGUUCCUCCAAUCUUUGGCCUUUACACGUGCUUCUACCCCGUCCUUAUUUAUUUUAUCUUUGGCACAUCCAAGCACAUCUCCAUGGGACCAUACACAGUAGUGGGUGUGAUGAUAGGAGGAGUUGCAGAUCGACUAAUCCCAAACUCAGACUUUAUGAUAUGGGACAAUGUGACCAACUCCAGCAUAGUUGACACCAUGUCUCGAGAUGCAGCGAGGGUCCAAGUGGCUGCAGCUGUCACCUUCCUAUCUGGAGUAUUUCAGAUUUUGCUCGGUCUGGCACAGUUUGGUUUCCUGGUGACGUACCUGUCUGAGCCUCUGGUCCGAGGUUACACUACUGGAACUGCUUUUCACAUCAUUGUUUCCCAGCUCAAAUACGUCCUCGGCAUCAACCCCGUGGGACACAGUGGACUAUUGUCAUUGAUUUACACGUUAGCGGAGGUCUGUUAUCUUAUUCCACAAACCAACAUUGGUACUUUGGUGGUUAGUGUUGUCACCAUCGUCUGCCUUGUCGUCGCUACGGAGCUCAAUGCAUGCUUGAGUAAAAAACUACCUGUUCCUAUACCUAUGGAGCUGCUCGCUUUGAUUAUUGGUACAUUCGUGUCCUGGCAAGUGAACUUGGAGGAGAAUUAUGGAGUGGACGUGAUGGGACUCAUUCCCUCAGGUCUCCAGCCCCCGGUUUUCCCAGACAUCUCUCUGUUUGGUCAGGUAAUAGGGGACGCCUUUGCUGUGUCUGUGGUUGGCUACAGCGUGCUCAUCUCACUAGGACGAAUUUUCGCCCUCAAAUAUGGAUACCAGGUGGACAGCAGCCAGGAACUAAUCGCCCUGGGUCUGAGUAACUCUAUCGGAGGAAUGUUCCAGUGUUUGUCCAUCAGCGGCUCCAUGUCUCGAACUGCGAUUCAGGAGCGCGCAGGAGGGAAAACUCAGGCUGCUGGAGCACUAUCAGCAAUAGUUUCCCUUUUUAUCAUGCUUUGGAUUGGGGCUCUCUUUAAAGAUCUGCCUAAGGCAGUGCUGGCUGCCAUCAUCUAUGUCACCCUCCAUAGCAUGUUGAAGCAAUUCCUGGACAUCCCUGUACUGUGGAGAAAAAACAAAAUAGAUGCAGUCAUCUGGGCGGCCACCUUCAUCUUCACCUUGUUGUUGAACUCUGACAUUGGACUAGCUGCUAGCAUCGGCUUCUCCAUUCUCACCGUCAUCUUCAGGACACAGCUCCCUAAGUAUUCCCUGCUGGGGCAGGUCCCAGGCACUGACAUGUACAGGCCACUGGAGGAGUACAAACAGGUGAGACAGGUGCAAGGGAUUUUGAUCUUCCGUUCCUCUGCUACACUCUACUUUGCUAAUGCUGAGAUGUAUCAAGAUGCCCUGGGAAAGAAGAUCCAAAGAGACUAUGGAGAAAUUGGUAUCGAGGUGGUUCUUGCUGGCUGCCAAACUGGAGUUGUGGACAACCUGCAGACUGGAGGUUUCUUUGAUGACAAAAUGACAAAGUCCUGUCUGUUCUCCACCAUCCAUGAUGCCGUUUUGUUCUGUCAGUCGGCCAGAAUGGAAGAUGAGGAGACCAUGGAGACAGUGUUCUGAGUCCUGAGAGGACAGAUGGAGGACAUCGUGAAAAAUGACAGAAAUUGAUUUUAUGCCCUGACC